AUGCCUGGCCUUCCAGAAGGCUGGGAAGCCGACUACGAUGGCCGUCGCUGGUUCUACAAGUACAAGCCCACGGGACACAUCCAGUACCACUUCCCCAAGGAAGGCGAUGAGUUUCCGGACUUUAUAGAUAGUUUUUCGCCAGCGCCGGAUCUUGCGCCCGAAGAACGGCUCGAAUCUCAGCAACAGGUUCGUCGGUAUGGGAGUACUACCGCCGCGCCUGCUAGGCUAAGCCCGAAGAAAGACGAUGGAGGUUAUGGCAUGUCGGCUACGGCGCGGCCGGUGAGCAUGACCUGGGAUGGAGGGCUUGAAGAGGAGAGCACGGUGUUUCAGCCGGAAAGCUUCAUGUAUCUCGGGCCUGGGACGUAUACUGAUGUGAGUCCGCUGGCGGAAGAGGAAGAGGAGGCUGCGCGGAGAGUUGUUGCGGGCGGAAUUGAAGGGAGAGUCGACAAAAGUCCUUCAAAGGUUCUCAAAGUACUGCCAGCGCAGGCCCUAUCGCAGGAGAGCCAGUAUUGGUACCGCCUACAGUCGUCGAAGAAAUUCACGAGAUGCCGAGUCACGAGCCUUCACCGCCACCCGAUCCUGUAG